AUUUAAAAAAAAGAAGGGAAAAGCAGAGACCCCCCACUGGCUUCUGUUUUUGGCUCUUUUCACAGACCUUCCCCUUUCCUCAGCAAAGUUUUCCCUUCCCCUCAGUAAAAAAAACAGCCCAUCAACACAAAUUUUCAGACUCUCUCUCGGCCACCCACCUUCAGCCACACACUGCCCUUUCCAUCUCCAUUCUCAAAACCGAAACAGAUCUUCCCUCUAUCACCCGAACAGCCAGAAAACCAAAGCCUCAUCCUCUCCUUCUUUCUUUUGGCUUCUCCCCAUCACCACCAGAUUCUCCCCCACGGUCCAGCAACCUUUCUUAAGACCAGCCAAAACCGUGAUCCACAAGCCGCGUCAGGAGCUUUGCUUCACAUUCCAAACAGACAGUUCUUCUCUGAGUUCUGCACUAGAACGCAGCCGUCUCCAGCUUCAACAGCUGCGUCGUCUUCAGCUCUGGCAGCCAUCGCUGACUCGCAGCCCCUCAACCACUGGAAGCAGGUACUAGCCGCAGCAGCAAUCCAGUAGUGCGACCAGUCUCGUCUCUGCACCAGCAGCUGGUCCAGUCGUCUCUCUUGCCAUAUCUCUUCCCCAUCGUACUCUGCACCGGGAGCAAGAAGCAGCAGGGGUGCGCGGUCAUCACCAGUCAUUGCAAUUCCCCAGCCACUUUGAGCACGCAAGCCAGCAGCAGCAGAGGGGAUUUUUUUACUUCGGCCAUAGGUUACUCCUCCAGCAGCAUCCUUCUUUUCCCUGCAGAGGUUGCACUGGUCGUAGCAACACCGAAGGGCCACCAUAGAGACAAUCAUCUUUCAGCCAGCAAACCUGUCUCCACACGCCAAGUUUUAUCGGUUGGAUUCUUAAAUAUAUGGAGUCCAAACCUCCACAAGAUGGCCAGAGGAAGUAUAGGUUUAUGCCUAAAGCUCCUCCACGCCGACUUUCAAAGCCGGAAGUUAAAACUGAAAAGGUGGAGAAUGUGGAUACUCUACAGGCCAUGAACUUGAUGAAGCAAUUCCAGGAAAGGUCCCUAAAGCAAAAGAUUACAAACGAAAAGAAAGUGCAGAAACCUGACAUUGCAUUUGGUCCUGGAGCUGCUGCAACUAAGCCCUUUCCAAGCUGGAGUACAAUUAACAGAGAUCAGGGUUCAUCUUCCAAUGGUAAUGCCGAUGCUCCAGGCCUGAGAGAGAAAGAAUACAUUGAACCAUGGGAUUAUUACAGUAAUUAUCCCGUGAGUCUCCCUAUGAGGAGGCCAUAUUCAGGAAAUUCAGCAAUUCUUGACGAAGAGGAAUUUGGGGAGGUGUCCGAAGCUGCAACAUAUGAUGAAAAUUCAACAAAUUCUGCGGUGGAGCUUGGUUUGAUGGAGGAAAAUGUUGAAGCAAGUAUGCUCUUUGUUCAGUUACCACCAACUAUGCCCAUGAUAAAGCGAUCAGCUACAGCAGUUGGCCCUGAGGUUAAGGAAAGCUCUAGGCCAUCAGGAGGUGCACGUGCAAUUGAGAAGACUUGCAGAUUAGAUGAGUUACCAGCGGGCUACAUGGGUAAAGUGCUAGUGUACAGGAGCGGUGCUGUUAAGCUGAAGCUUGGGGAUACCCUUUAUGAUCGAAAAUCACACCUUUGAAAGAGUUUACAACUCAGAGUUGAUGUAUUAUUAUUUGAGCACCAUGCUGUGGUUGAAGUAUCAUAACAGUACGAGGAGCAUGGAUGUAGGAAGGUGAGAGAUUGAAUUCGAAAUUCUGCAGAAUCAUUGCCAAAGCCAUCUUGGCUUCUAACAUGGCAAAGUUUCGGCCAAUACAGGUUCUGGGGCUCCAUCCAAAGGGAAAGAGUGCUAGUUGGUCUUUAGAUGCCCUUGAAACUCCGAGGAAUCUCUCUGUUCUGAAUUCUUCUACAUCAUCACCCCAGAGUUCAGGAUCAUGAUGAAUGAGCAGCAUAGGAAGCGUAAGGUCGACACGUGCAGGAAGAUGGAUGUUUCCUAUCCUGGUUUCCUUGUAAGUAUGUUGGUAUAGAGAAAUCACUGGCGGAUAUAACCUUAAGACUUCAUUAAGUAUCAUGUUUACCUGCAGUUAAAUAUAACAGAAAUAGUAUUUGAUCAAAGAGGUUAGUAACUGGGAGAAAAGUGCAGCAGCCUGAGAAAUUCCAUCACAAAUUAACAUGAAAAGUCGCAUGAGAAAGCUUUUUUUUGUGUGUAGACAUCUCUGUGAAGCUCCUCAGGAGGACAAAAGGGAAAGGGUAUCCAAUUAAUGGGAAAUUACUCACAAUCUUGAGAUGGAUCAAAGCUUCAAAAUUGGGUUCUUUCUGCCCACAAACUUGUAGAACUUCCUCCCUAGCCAUUUCUUGCCAUUCUGGGUGCAGAGCUAGUACUAUCAUUGCCCAUGUUAACCAGCUCGAGGUUGUUUCUUUCCCAGCCAGGUAGCACUGCUUGCAUUCCUCUAUUACUUCUUCAAUACUCAAGUCAUCCCUUAUUGUUCCGCUUGCAUUUUCUGGUAGAUUGUUCUGUCAUUAGAUUGCAAGAGCAUGCCUAGCAAGUCAUCAUCAUCGGAUUGUCCAGUUCUCAUCCCGUACUCUUUCCUUUGAAUCAAAUCUCUAAUCAUUGAUACGAUCUCUUUGUUCAUCAUCGUCGGAAAGAAGAUCUAGUUUACCUAGUCAAUGAAUUCCUCUA